CUCUUCUAGGGAAAAGGUCUGGUUUGCAUCUGAACCAAGUAAAAUCUUUUUUCAAAUUUUAAAUAUUCAGAGUUUUGCAAAGUACAUACUUCGCAGCAAGUCGAUGGAAAAACAUAUAGCAUCAACGUGAAGUUAGCUAUGGGAGCAACAGUCCCUAGAUCUGCAGCUGUGCGAGCGCAGCAACGAGGGCUUAUGCGCGGAACCUCGCGUAAAUCGAUGCGCGCCGCAGCUCUCGGGGCCGCACGAUACGUAUAUACAUAAAAUAUAUCUAUACAUAUAUAUAUAUAUGUACGCGCCGGCCGAUUCUUGCAUACAUAUCUAGCUCGCCCCCGCUGUCUGGCUCGCGUUUUCGACCGCUCGAGAGCGUCGCAUCGUGUCGCGCUAAUCCCGAGUGCACCAACGUCACUUAGCUGAAAUCUUUCGCCUAACCGAUUCCCGACCGCAUUGCAUAGGUAGGAGUCGCGAGGUAGAGCCGACGAUCUCUGGACCCGCGGUCAGUCGACUCCGCGUAUCUCCGCGGUGCUGAAGUUGCUUCUGUGAAGUUGUUCGUCUCUUAGUUACGGGAAACCGGCGUUAUCAGUUCCAGUGUGAGUUCAGUUCCUCGAGUCGCACGCAGCACACGAACGACGAUAUACUAUCACGUUGAGACCGCGUUGCGAGGAGUCGCAGGUCGAUUUAAUCGCGCCGAGUUCUCUCAAUUUCCGCUGCCGCGGGGAAGCGACCUUGAUGCGAGUUGGAAUAAAGAGGACAGCGAGAUGUAACAUUCUACUGAAUUAAACGUUUUUAUUACACUCGCAGCUCGUUUUAACUCGCGACGAGAAUCGUACGUGACGAUGAAACGGCUGUAAGAAUGAUUUUCAUCCCGUCGGCAUUGGAAACCUGAAGAGGACCGGUGACGAUUUCUAAAAGACCGGUGCCUGUCGCGACAACGUCGCGAAUUAGCCGCGAGUCUCACCGAUCUCUCGCCUCAUCUCGUUCCGUCUCGCGUCUAACUUCGCGCCGGUUGCUUGUCACGCAGGGGGAGCGCAAUGAAGGGCCGCCGUCGUGCUACCAUAGUAAGGUACAGUCCGUCACCGGGACCGUGGGACUCGCGAUAGUGUGGUGCUCGCCGAUGUCGGUGACUCUCUCGUCGCGGGCCUCUUGUCCGAGGCUACCAGCAGUAGCAGCGCGAGUCCUCGCGGAUACGUCAGGGCGGAUACGUCACCUCAUUAAUCGCGGACGAGAAUAAUGAGAAUCAACGCGACGAAGAUGAGCACUCCGAUCGAGGAGAAGAUUGACCAGAAGCUGAAGGUGCGGACGGGGAUGGUGACAGUCAGCGAUGGGAAAAGCAAACCCGUCCCGAUGCGUUUGCAUUUGUCCAUGGAGGUGCUGAAACUCCAACGAGAGGAUCUAGAGCAGGCAGCGAAUCACAAUAAGCCGCCUCUCGAUGCUAAGGAACGCAUGGUGCAGAUCACCAGGCAGAAGGUUGGUGGUUUAGGGCUAAGCAUAAAGGGUGGAGCGGAACAUAAGCUUCCAGUACUCAUAUCGAGAAUCUACAAGAGUCAGGCGGCUGAUCAAUGCGGCCAGCUUUUUGUAGGAGACGCAAUUAUCAAAGUGAACGGGGAGUACAUCACGGCAUGCAACCACGAUGAUGCCGUCAACAUUUUGAGAAACGCCGGUGACAUAGUCGUCCUUACGGUCAAGCAUUAUCGAGCGGCCAAGCCGUUUCUACAAAAGAACGAGAAGGAAGACAAGCUGGACAACGUUGCCAAUGGCACGGCGGAAGAUGGAUGGAUAUCGCCUAGCCGACAAGGGAGCAGCCCCAGGUGCGGUCACAGUCGGCAGAGUUCGAACGCAUCUUCCAGUUCGAUGCAAUACAAGAGAUGGGUGGACGUGAUCACAGUCCCGUUAAUGAUGGCGUACGUGACGAGAUAUAUAUUCGGCACCGACAAGCUCAGGAGGAACGCGUUCGAAGUGAGAGGACUUAACGGCGCGCGCACAGGGGUGAUACAUUGCGACGACAGUGCUAUCCUCAGUCAAUGGUUAAAAUAUAUAACGGAUAACAUUACGGGAUUGACACACUUGCAGAUGAAGCUGUACAAUCGCAAUUUCGGAGUGGGCGAGCGCAUCGAGUACAUGGGCUGGGUGAACGAGGCGGUGAGCAACAGCAAUCAGCCGUGGCAGAGCUACAGACCAAGAUUCCUAGCUCUGAAAGGACCGGAUCUGCUACUGUUCGAGACACCGCCUUGCAACAUAGGCGACUGGUCACGCUGCGCGUUGACUUUCAAAGUGUACCAGACGAUGUUUCGCGUGAUGCGCGAGUCGGAGAACGUGGAUGAGCGGCAGCACUGCUUCCUGGCGCAGAGCCCCGGGAAGCCACCGCGUUACCUGAGCGUAGAGACCAGACAAGAGCUCCUGCGGGUCGAGGCGGCGUGGCACACCGCUAUAUGUUCAGCUGUCACGUAUUUGAAGAGCAAGACCUUCCCGGUGACGUUCAACAGUAGGAGCGCCGGUCUGACGUUGGAAUGGACGCAAGGAUUCACGUUGUCGUACGAGGGAAUCGGUGAGAUCGCGUGGCGUUACAAGUUCUCGCAACUGAGAGGAUCCAGUGACGACGGCAAGAGCAGGCUUAAGUUGCACUUCCAAGAACCGGACAGCAUCGCUAUCGAAACGAAGGAAUUGGAGUGUUCCCAGUUGCAAAACUUGUUGUUCUGUAUGCAUGCGUUUCUCACCGCGAAGGUGGCCGCGGUAGACCCCACGUUUUUAACGUCGACCACUCCGUAAAGAGAGAUUAAUAUAAGAGUCGUAAUAUUAAGUCGUUCAAGCCGACGAGAAUCACCAAGUGGAUCACUUUUGUGUUCUGUUGUCGUUCUACGGACGGACCGGAUGGAGCGUCUACGCUGAAUAUUCGCCGGCAGCGAGAGAGGAAAACGGGCGUAAGGAGAGAAUGGCGGAAGCGACAGAGACUAGUCAAUAUAUCCAAAAGGUAUUUUUAUUGUUUACAUAUAAAAAAGAAUCACCAAGCGGUACUACUCAUCCUACCAAGCCAAUUUCACUAGUACGUAUGUGAACCUAACGGCUAUCAUAGUAUUGUACGCAACUAGGUAACAAUUCCCGCGAGAGGGUUUGUAGGAUCGGCAGCGUACAUUUAUGGAUGAUUGCGAUUACGUUAUCCGCCUUUGCUACAAGUAUUUCUCCUUUUUUCGAAUCUUUUGAGAAACCGUUAUAACGCAAACAAUUGUAUAUUUAGUAUGCAUCAAUUGCAUCGGAUGUAUUUUAGUUGCAUUUUCGUGCAAAGUGUAUUUCCUGUGUAUUUCGCAACCAUCUCGGUUGAAUUGUAGAGCUUGCGAGAGCCGAUGUACAUGGCGAUGCAUAAUAAUAAUUUUUUAAUUUUCGAUAAACGGCAAAUGAUUCUUAGCUUUAGUCGUAACGAAUUCUUCGUAUACAGUUAUGCAUUGUAUUGUGUACCAUACAUAUAUAUCAGGUGCCUUAAAAACCAUGAACAAGAAGUAGCUAAAUUUUAAAGGAGGCAUCAAAUUUCCGUUUCUCGUCGGAGGAGGAUCAUUAUGCAUUCAUGUAUUUAGAGAGUAUAUCUCGCGCGAUACAGAAAGGAAACAAGUUGCAAUUCAGUAAAGAGAAUUUAGAAUUUGCAAAUUCUUUAAUGCUUUCGAUGCGCGUGGUUGAAUUGAGAAGCGGUAUAUUGAUUCGUCCAUGCGAUGAAACAGGUCGAAGUAACAAUUACAGUCCUGUAGCAAUAAAUCUGUAAUCUGUAUAAUUAGACGGCUCACACACUCGAACGUAACGCGUUGGAUAUUGAAAUGAUUUAUUUAACGGCGCAGUAUUAUCGAUGGGGGCAGCAAAUUCUGCAGAUUAAUUGCAAUUAUUAUUAGCGUAGAACUAUGAUUAUUCAACAUCGCAUCAACAUUGUCCGUAUUUCUCAGCACCGGGAGUAACAAUUACGUCUCACUGUUCGUUUGACUUACGAUUCAUGACAAAUUCGUCUGUAUCGAUAAUUCUGAUCGUGAGAGAACGUCGGAAGCUUAUUUGAUACGUAAUGGAUACAUAUGCAUAUAUGAUAUGCAUAUAUAUAUAUAUAUAUAUAUAUAUAUAUAUAUAUAUAUAUAUGAAUGUCAUGUUUCGACAGCUCGACAGGUCUAUGGUGUCUUUAAAUAUAUCAAUUAUCUCUUUCCAAUCACUAGCUAUAGCGAUAUAGAGUUAACACACGACAUAUAUUAAUAUGAGUAUCUUGUCGGUUCGCAAUUAUAUUUAAAGCAAUAAAUCCAUAAUGAAAACGAACAAUUAGAGAAAAAUGAUAAGAGAGAAAGUAGGAUAUACAUAUACAUAUACAUAAUAAGAGAACUGCAUACUCUAAUUAUAAAACAAGAGAAGUAUGACAAGAAAUUUAUCGGUAGCAUCUUCGCGAGGACGUUGCACGUUCUCCAAUGUACGCCUAAUCGUUCUUUCGUUUCUCACAUGUAAGACGGUAUAAAGCUAAUUUUAACUUCGAGGAGACUGUCGUGGAGCUCUUUGAUCUCCAUCGCGUCACACGAGAGUCUCCGGUUACUCGUAGAAAGUGCCUACAAAGUAACGUAGAGGAAAUGUAAAAACAAAAUUCGCUUUUCGGUUAUUAUCGUAGCGUGCGCAAUGUCGAUUGUACUUUUCUAGUCUAUGCAAAAAUGUCAGGCUGUUUUUACUAUGCGCUGUACUAUGGUCAGGGGAUUUGAUAUGGGUUUAAGUAUUGGGUUUCAAAGUACCGGAAAAAAGAAAAAUGCCAUUUUCCUUUUUUAUAAAUUCGUCACAUGACUGUUUGUUAUUUGAAAAGAUACUUUGGUUUAUACAUUUCCGAACAUCAUUCACGAUCGAUAUAACAGAUAUAUUAUAGUAUUAAAAUAAGAAUUAAAUAAUAUCCGAUCUCUUAGAUUUAAGUACAGAGCAAUAUUCGAUAACCGAAGCCCUGUUUUAUUAAUUCAGAUUUGUGUUUCAAGUAGUUCCAGCGAAAUUAGAUUUUAUGAUAUACGUGGAAAUUGUUUAUUAUCGGAAUCUUUAUGGGAAAAUUAUUUGUUACUGCUUGUUCAUUUUUAUUCUUUGAGAUAGAAUAUAUUGACAUAUCAAAUUAGAAUUUAAAAAUGUAUAUUAGGAUAAAUUUUGAUUAAGAUUACUCGAGAAACCAAAUAUAGUUUAUUUGCAUUUUUGAUAUUUCGUUUGCGAAAACUUUUGAUCUUUAACAUUACGUGUUUGUAUUACAUCGUACAUUCUCUGUGCUUAAAGUCGGAAGAAUUAUCAAGAACUGCACAAUUAUAUAUUAUAUAAGUAAGUUAUAAUUAAGAAAGAAUGGAAUGAAGCUGAGAAAAUCUAAAAGAAGCCUAGACUAUAAUUAUUCAUCGAAAACUACAGGUUGUUCUAGUGGACUGUUAAAGAAUCUUUAAUAUUCUAGCGUAUUGUGCAUACUGUAUUACACACAACUUGAACAAAUUAAUUAAAUAGGAUAAUUUAUCGUGCAUAUUAUAUUUAUCGAACCAAGUAUCUUUUUCAUUUGGACUAAUCCAUAUAAAUAAAUUUUGUGAAUAUUAAUUUAUCGAAUUUUCUAUCUAUGUAUUAAUGAACGUACUGCGUUUGAAUUUAUCUAUACGAAUCUCCAAAUUCAGCUCAUUCCAUAUAAGUUACACAAUACAAUAGUUGUAUAUAGCGUACUUUGGCCACGAAAAUUCGCUAAAUAUUUAAUUAAUUAGUUUUACGCGAAUAUUCGCGAUUCCGCAUCCCGUUUUCGCUUUGAUAUAUAAUAAUCAAAUUAAUUCUAAUUUGAUAUCCGACAUAUAAUAAUUCAUUAAAUUAAUUAAUCGUUCUCUUUUAUGCCAAUCUAUGCACGCUCAUGCGGGAUGGAAGAGCGAACUCGCGACGCCAGCUAACAUUAACAUCUUAUAUCUCGAAAUAUAGUUUAUCUGUUAUAAUGUCUAUCCCCCAUUGACAAUAUGUUCCAAAAUAUAUCAUUGUUAGAAGUUACAAA